GAAUAUGCGCGUCACCGGCGUAUCGAAGGCGGUGCUUUUCCCUCCCGUGGAUCAAAAGUAUCACAGGCGGGCUUUAGUCGCUGUUUUUGAACCAUACUUCUGUAAAAAAAAAAAAAAAAAAAGCUUUUAGCAUCGCUGCAGUUCAUAUAUUACCCGACUCACCAUUACAGACAUCUGUAGUCCAGUUUAAAGUAUAAAACGAGGGCCUGCUUCCCCUCAGAGACAGGCCAUCAUGAAGCUGACGGACAAUGUGCUGCGGAGCUUCAGGGUUGCUAAGGUGUUUCGAGAAAACUCAGACAAAAUAAACUGCUUCGAUUUCAGUUCAAACGGAGAAACAAUAAUUUCCAGCAGCGACGACGAUUCCUUAGUCUUGUACGACUGCCAAGAGGGAAAACCCAAGAGGACUCUCUACAGUAAAAAGUAUGGAGUGGAUCUGAUCAGGUACACACAUGCUGCAAACACUGUGGUCUACAGUUCCAACAAAAUUGAUGAUACUAUCCGGUACCUGUCCCUUCAUGACAACAAAUACAUUCGCUACUUUCCUGGACAUAACAAAAGGGUGACAUCUCUCUCCAUGUCUCCUGUGGACGACACAUUUAUUUCUGGCUCAUUAGAUAAAACUAUCCGACUGUGGGAUCUGCGGUCACCAAACUGCCAGGGUCUGAUGCACCUGCAGGGGAAGCCAGUGUGCUCCUUUGAUCCAGAGGGUCUCAUUUUUGCUGCUGGAAUAAAUUCAGAGAUGGUUAAACUUUAUGACCUGCGGUCGUUUGACAAGGGUCCAUUUGCAACUUUCAAGCUCCAGUACGAUCGGACCUGCGAGUGGACUGGGCUCAAAUUUAGCAAUGACGGAAAACUAAUUCUUCUUUCUACCAAUGGCGGAGCUCUUCGCAUCUUAGAUGCUUUUAAGGGUGCUGUGCUACAUUCCUUUGGGGGCUACAACAACAGUAAAGGUGUAACACUGGAGGCAUCAUUCACUCCUGACUCUCAGUUCGUAAUGAUUGGCUCUGAGGAUGGAAAGAUCCACGUGUGGAAUGCGGAGAGCGGUAUGAAGGUGGCUUUAUUAGACGGGAAGCACACAGGACCAAUUACUUGCCUGCAGUUCAACCCCAAGUUCAUGACGUUUGCAAGUGCCUGCUCCAACAUGGCAUUCUGGCUGCCAACCAUUGAUGACUGAUGACUGAGACGUGAAGGCACAACUUCUGUUGAAGGCCAAAGUCGAAGUGACCAGCAGGGGUCAGCACAACCAGCUCUACGUGAUUCUCACAGGGACUUGUGGCAAAUCAAAUUCAAAUUGUAAAUAAGUAGUUUUCAGAAAUAGAUUUCUUCUCUAUUGCCUUUUUUUAUAUUUCUAUUUAACAUUAAAUGAUUUCUUUGUAA